AUGCUUUCGACGACAUCUCCCGUGCCCGUUCCCCAAAGCAUGGCGCAACACUCGUUGAAGCGCGACAGGCCUCAUGAUGUAGAGCCAGAACCUGUGCCCAGGUCGAAAUCCCGUGUCCAGGGCCCCUUUAUCGACGAUGAUGAAGAUUCAGCCGACGGGGACACAAACUCGAGACCGGCAUCCCCUACAAAGAGGUCCAUGCUGGAGCAAUCCGAAGACAAUAGCGAACCGCAGUUUGCGUUACCAAAUGUAGCGGCUACGACAGAAACCGAAACGACCGAAUCCCUCGAUCCAGAGGCGCUUAUGGAUGAUGGCCCAAACAAAACACAGUCACAGGGCACUGCCUUGCCUGUAUUCUCGGGUUCGCUUUUCGCGUGCCUGCGGCCCACGAAAUACGACAUCAAGACGUGUGACGGCAAGGCAUAUUCAAUCAAGCAGCGCCAAGUCAGUGCCGCUGUCUCAUACGAUCAAAUAAUAGCUGCUCGCUCGAAAACGAAGGAAGGGCGGGCGAAACGAAGUUACUAUGGAAUCGACAUCCAUAAACUCAUGAGCAACGCUAAUGAUGAGCUUGCUGAGCGCACAGCGAAGACACGGCCAGCGCCAGACGUGCCGCAGCAGUCUACUGAAAAGCCUGAGCCUGCACGGCCUGGCAAGAAAAACAAAACAACGCUCUUGUGGACCGAAAAGUACCGUGCGAAAAACUUCAUGGACCUCUGUGGUGACGAUGGCACCAACCGAGUUGUACUCCGUUGGCUCAAGCGCUGGGACCCUAUCGUGUUUCCUGGUGCGGCCAGGUCAAAUCAUGGAGUCGCAAGACGACCAGGCUCCAAACUACAAGCAGAAGAGGAGAAGCCUCACAGAAAGAUCCUUCUCCUCACCGGCCCCCCGGGACUGGGCAAGACUACACUCGCGCAUGUCUGUGCGAGGCAGGCUGGUUACGAAGUCCUAGAAGUCAACGCGAGCGAUGAUCGCAGUCGAGACGUUGUCAAGAAUCGCAUUCGCACAAGCUUGGGCACCGAAAACGUCAAAAAUGUCACAAAUCGCAAAGACAGCGAGGGCAACACAAAGGCGGCCAAGCCGGUCUGCGUUAUUGUGGACGAAGUAGACGGCGUUGUGUCGGGCUCUGGAGGCUCUGGCGAGGGCGGCUUUGUCAAGGCACUGAUUGACCUUGUAUUGGUCGAUCAAAAGAACAGCUCACCUAGUGCCGCUUCAUACGACAACUCGCGAAAGAAGAAGAAGGGCGAUGACUUCCGCCUGAUGCGACCCUUGGUUCUCAUCUGCAAUGACGUCUACCAUCCUUCACUCCGACCACUUCGGCAGUCCAAUCUUGCCGAGAUUAUCCAUGUUGGACGCCCAUCGAUUGACGCUGUCGUGGGCAGACUGAAGGCCGUGUUUGAAAAGGAAGGCAUCCCCUGCGACAAGGACGCCUCGAGAAAACUCUGCGAGGCAGCGUGGGGCAUGACGAGCGGCAUCGAUGCAAAGCGUGGCGCCGAAAGCACUGUCGAAGGCGACCUCCGUGGCGUCAUGGUAGUAGGCGAGUGGGCAGCGGCGAGGUUCCGAUCUUCAUUGUUGGCGGCGCCAACUCAGCGGCUGACAAAACAAUGGAUCGAAGCACAUAUUCUUGGCGAUCUCUCCAGUGGUGCAGCCGGAGCGAGAGGGCUUGGUCGCGGCAACGUCAAGGACAUCGUCAGCCGCCUCUUCCGGGAAGGUGCUGGGUUUCCCAAGCAGGCUAUGGAUCUGUCCAUGUCCAAAAAUACACAACACGAACAGCCCAAAACGGAGCUGAGUUUCAACGAGCAGGCCAAGAAGUACGGCAUGGACCGUCUCAGGCAGAUGGUCGAGACGAGCGGCGAAAUCAGCUACAUCAUGACGGAGAUUAUGUCCGAGUAUCCCAACCGCGAGUACAACGACGACUUAUACCUCAGCAAACCCAACCAAGCAUAUGACUGGCUCUUCUUCCACGACACUUGUCAGACCCGGCUGUUUUCCAGCCAAGAGUGGGAGCUGACGCCGUACCUGUCCCAACCUGUGCUUGCGUGUCACCAUCUGUUUGCUUCCCCUAAACGCCACUACACCAACAAUACUGGCGGUGGUGGUCGCUGGGGCGCCGAUGCCGCUGAGGAGGAUGCCGGCCCGCCGAUGCCGUUUUCCGGCCCGCGUGCCGACUACCAGGCCAACGAGGCAGCCAAGCACAACCGCUCGGCGCUGCAGGCCAUGCAGAGCCAGCUGCCGGCGUCGCUGGGCCGCUCGUUCCGCAGCGCCGAGGACAUGGCCACCGACUUCCUGCCGUACCUGGCGCGCAUGAUCUCGCCCGACGUCAAGCCCGUGCUGGUCAACGGUAGCGAGGGCACGACUGCGAGCGUGCGCAAGGAGAGCGAGCGGGUCAUGGUGAAGCGCGCCUCGGAGAUCCUGGCCGAGGUUGGCAUCGAGCUCGUCAAGGGCAAGAUUGAGGGGGACAACUUUUCGAACCGCGCGCCGCAAUGGGUUUACCGCAUGGAACCUGACAUCGACACCCUUUCCCAUUAUGAAUCAGGCGCCACGCUCCUCUCGUCGCAGGCCCCUACACGAUAUGCCGUCCGGCAGGUCCUCGACCAGGAGCUGCGCCGCACCGUGGCCCUGCGCGAGAACCAGGCACGCCAGGCACGCUUCCAGGCCGGCGCCGACUCUACGGCGGCGGCGCCCUCGUCCACGGCCGCAGCGGCCGCCGCAACCAAGACAGCCAGGACAGCCGCGGAACUGGCGGCGCGCCUGCACCACCCGCACGACGACAAGGAGAAUGGCGGCGACAAGACUCUGGUGAAGAAGGACUUUUUCGGACGCGUCAUCCAGGUGCGCCCGCUGGCGGAGCUCAACUCGCAAAACAGCGAGUCGCAGACGGCCAAGAAGAGGCGCAAGGUCUGGGUGACGUACCACGAAGGCCUCAACAAUGCGGUGCGCAAGCCAAUCUCCAUGGCCGAGUUUCUGAAGCCGCUGUGA